UCGGCGCGGACCCAAGAAGUGGUUCACUAUGGCCAGACCGCUACUGUCGAGGUUGCCACUCGCGCCGUUGACAGCGCUGCUGCCACGUUCCGGACAUACAAGCGCACCCCCGUGCACGAGCGGCGCAGGAUGCUGCUGCGUGCCGCCGACUUGUUCGAGCAGAAGGUUGUCGAGAUGGGCGAAAUGCAAAUGCGCGAAACGAGCUGCGAUGAAGCCUGGGCCCGCUUCACGGCCAUGCAGACGUCCACCUUCUGCCGCGAGGUUGCCGGUGCCGUCUCCGCCGCCCUGGUCGGGGACAUCCAGCCGUCAUAUUUCGGCUACACCCACCUCGUCUUCAAGGAGCCGGUGGGCCCUGUGUUGCUGAUUCCGCCGUGGAAUGCCGCUGUGGUUCUCAGCGUGCGCGGCGUCGCGAAUGCGCUCGCUGCUGGUUGCACAGUGGUGCUGAAGGCAUCGGAGCUGUGUCCUGCCACCCACCAGCUCGUCGCCCGCACCUUCCAUGAGGCCGGAUUCCCUCCCGGCGCCGUCAACGUCAUCAUGGCCGACCGUCCCCAUGCCGCCCUUGUCACUGAGACCGUCAUCGCCCAUCCGGCGCUGCGAAAAAUUGAGUUCAUUGGCAGCGCAGCUGUGGGGAAGGCUAUCGGGACCCUCGCGGCCAAGCAUCUGAAACCGGUCUUCAUGGAGCUAGGGGAUCAAAGCCCGGCCAUCGUUCUGGAUGACGCCGACCUUGAAGAGGCUGCCAGGCUGAUCGCCCAUGGAUCCAUGUUUCAUCACGGCCAAGUCUGCUUCUCCACGGAACGCAUCAUCGUGCAGAGGGCCGUCCAGGACGAAUUCUGCCGCCUUCUCUCAGCGGCCAUCGAUCGCCUUGCCCCGGCAUGGAUGGCCGUCACGAGAAGCCACGCUGAAAGAGCCAAGGCCACGGUCGAUGAUGCCGUAAACCGCGGUGCCCAGUUCGUGUACGGAAGUUCCGAGCUGAAAGGCCCCGCUCAGCUCGCGCCGUCGAUCCUGGUCGGCGUCAACCGAGAUUCCCUCAUGUCCUGCGGUGAGGCGUUCGCCCCAACGGCAUUUCUCGUCGCCGUCGACACCGAGGAAGAGGCUGUCAACGAGGCGAACUCGCGUCUCGGUGGCCUCUCGGCUGCAGUGUUCACUCGCAGCCAUGAGCGCGGAUUGCGUCUUGCCCGUGAACUCGAGUUCGGGAUGGUGCAGGUGAACAAUUCGACAAUUUUUGCGGAACCAAGCGGGCCCGCCACCAACUUCAAGGGCAGCGGCUGGGGCAGCAAUAACGGGAAGUACGGCAUUGAGAACUUCUUAUAUUGCAAGGCCGUGUCGCUC